AUAAAGAGGGCAUUAAAUUUUUGUCGACAGUGGCAUUAUUAUCCCCUACUAUAUUACUAUUACUUUGUUUAAUACUUAAUCUGUAUUACGAUUUUUGAAAUGCGUAUUGUAGUUUCGACUUAGGUUUUCGAGCGGUUUUCGAAUAUCGAUAGAAAUUACGUAUCGACUUUGACUUUCGUGCGAAAUGAGAAAUUAGUGAGAAAUAAUAAAUAUAUAGGGAUUAAGAAUUUUAUAUUUUUUGGUCCCAUAACGCAAAUUUAUAGUCAAUGUUGGAAUCCAUUCGGCUUUUUGAUUUCUUGAAAAUCCAAAAUGACGGAACGAGUUGUAGCGAGUCGGCCAAACCUAGAGCAAAUGGUGGCAAUUAUAGAAUUCAUGGAGCAACACCCAGUAUUAGGACUUAGUCAGAUGAGGGGUAUGGAAGGACGAAAUGAGAGCAAAAAGCUGUGGUUAAAACUCACCAGUAUUGUUAAUAAUAUGAAAGGUCCCACGCGGCCCAUGAAAUCAUGGGUGAAGUUCUGGGCAGAUAAAAAAUCUACUGUAAGAGCAAAAGUUGUAACAAGUGGUGGUGAUCCAAGUAUUCUAGGUUCUAGUAUUGAAAGAAGGAUAUGGGACAAAUUCCUACAUAAUGAUUCUGGAUAUAAACCCCGAGGUUCAGUAAAAGUAGAAUCACAUUAUAUACCAGAGAACAACUAUUCAAAUGAAGAGAGUACUGAAGAAAAUAAUGAAUUGGAUGAUGAAGUACUUAAUUUUGAUGAACCAACAAUAGAACCUGCGGCAGAACCUAUUUCGUUGGAGGAACGAAAUAUGGUCCUUAUGGAAAAACUGGUCAAAGUGAUGAGUGAACAAGCCACCGCUAUGUCUCAGUUAGCACAUGCUUCUCAGGUCAGCUCUCAAGCCAUGGAGAGGUUAGCUGAAGCUUCGCAAAUACAGUCCCGAGCAAUCGAACGGCUCGCAAACACAUUCGAAGCGAUCGGUUCUACGGCGCAUCAUAUCGGAACUACCAUAGUCGACAUUGACACGACUAUGAAAAGAUUCUAUAAUACAACGCCUACGUAGCAUUACACUUAGGUGCGCGUUUGACAGUAAUUAUAGAUAAAGUAAUUACGUGGGUAACACUGAAAAUGUUUAGAACUGGCCAAUUAGAAACAUUACUAAUGAAAACUUUUUUGAAUUUCAAUUUUAGAACUCUUUGGUAACC